AUGGAGAAGCGCCCAAUGACGUUGCCAGACGAUAUGAUCGAGGAAGAGCUCGAGGAGAAAGCGCCAAUCCCAAUGCUUUCGUCACCGCCGAUAGAGCUUUCUCCGGCGGAAAGCGAGCCGCUGACCAUGCAGGGCUUGCUUCAAGCAUCUUCGUUACUCCCAGAGAGCGCACCCACACCCCAGGAGGUCGACUCACCAACUGCAGGCCCGCAGCUUAAGCGCAAGUCCAAGCUGCUGACAGUUGCCAAGAAGCUCGAGCUGUUAUUGUGUCUGGAAGCUGGCGAGACCCAAGCCAACGCCGCGAAGGCGUUUGGGGUCAGCCCGGCUGUGGUGACCAACAUCAAGCGGGACAAGGCGCGCAUUCUGACGUUUUGCGUCGAGGCGACGACGGAGUCGCAAAUGAGGCGACAGCAUUUGACAGUGUCCCACGCUCAAGAAACCAAGCGCUCCCGUGUCACGCUGCCUUUUGUUAUCAAGAUGGAGGUCAUCGAGCGUCUGGAUGCUGGCCAUCGGGUCUGCGAUAUCAUGGAGGAGUAUGGAGUCACGGUACUUACAGUCGCCAAUCUACUCAAGAACAAGGCUCGUAUUCAGGAUUAUGUUUCGGCUGCUGCAGACGCUACAGCGCUAAUGAAGAAGAGCUUCCCGAGGAUCGGUGCGGCCUCCGACGUUGGUGAUGCUGGUGUCAGUGAGAAAGCUCCCUCUAAGCGCAAGCAUGUGACGACAACGCUCCGACAGAAAUUCCAGAUUCUCAAGCGUUUGGAUGAUAGUGAGAAGCCGGAAGAAGUCGCAAAUUGCUUUGACAUCAGCAUGUAG